UUUGGUCUUACCCACAAUAUGGGAAUCGCGAUUUGUUCAGUAACAUUUACAUUGACAAUUCCACGCACUAUGACAUUAGUGACACCAAAUACUACAGAAUGAUAUGCACGAGAAGAAAAUCAGGAAACUAAUUGCAGAAAUUGUGACGGUGCAAUCUUAUUAAUUCUCAUUAAAUCGAAAUCUUGUUCACAUCGUUGUCAACAUCUCACAAACAUGCCGAUUGCGUAUUUGACACGAAAAGAAACGAUAUCCUGUUCUCAUCGUUUACACAAUGAACACUUGAGUGAGCAGGACAACAAAUUAAUAUACGGAAAAUGUAACAAUUUUUGGGGACAUGGUCAUAAUUAUACGGUGGAAAUAACUAUUCGUGGACCUGUUGAUUCAACAACAGGCAUGGUUAUGAACUUAUCAGAUUUAAAAGUGUACGUGCAAAAAGUAUUGGGUCAAAUGGAUCAUAAAAACUUAGAUAAAGAUGUGGAUUAUUUCAAAAGUGUAGUAUCGACAACUGAAAAUGUUGCUAUUUACAUAUUUACAGAAAUGAAAAAACUGAUGCCAAAACCCGAAUUAUUAUAUGAAAUUAAAGUCUGUGAAACUGACAAAAAUAUCGUAUCUUAUAGAGGAGAAUAAUUAUCUCCUUUUGCUGAGAAUUGAAAAUUUAAUUUUUUUUAACCGAAUUACAUAACUGUACAGGUCAUUAUAUAAUUGAUACUCGUUUAGCAUAUUUAUUAUAUUUAUAUGUUAUACAAUAUGCGAUUAAGUAAUUAUAAAUAUCUUGCGCAAAACCACAUGUCAGUACAUACAGAUUUUAACAUUCCAAUUUUAUUGGAAUUUAACAUUUUACUAAUAUAAUAGGGAAUAAUUGUUUACUCAGUAUAUUGUUCCUUUUCUUUCUUCUAUAAUUAU